AUGACGGCUACGCUCGGCAGACAUGAAUCAUGCCAUGCGCGUGAACAUGAUGUUGCAACGAGCGCGCCCGUCGAGGCUGCUCUGCUCGAGUCCGCCGUGGCUCGUCCUGCCGCCUCUUCCCAGCGGAGUGUGCGGUUAAAUGGACUCAAGGCAUUCCGUGGAGGACAUCUGGGUCAAAGCUUCGCCGCGACGACUCAGAGCGCACCUAUCGAUCGGCUUCGAUCCAAGCAGAGGAUCCAUGGCCGCUCCGCAGUGCGCGCCGCCGUCGCCGUUGAGGCUCCUGUUGCUCCUGUGGCAGACGAUUCGGAGCUGGUAACCCGUUCCGACAUUCGCAACAUCGCCAUCAUCGCGCACGUCGACCACGGCAAGACGACGCUCGUCGACGCCAUGCUCAGACAAGCCAAGGUGUUCCGCGACAACCAGCAGAUGCAGGAGCGCAUCAUGGACAGCAACGACCUGGAGCGCGAGCGAGGCAUCACGAUUCUGAGCAAGAACACGGCGAUCCGGUUCCGCGGCACCAAGAUCAACAUCAUCGACACGCCCGGCCAUUCGGAUUUUGGUGGAGAGGUGGAGCGCGUGCUUAACAUGGUUGACGGCGUGCUGCUGCUGGUGGACUCGGUCGAAGGCCCCAUGCCGCAGACCCGCUUUGUCCUAAAGAAAGCCCUAGAGCUGGGGCACCGCGUGGUGGUGGUGGUGAACAAGGUGGACCGCCCAGCGGCGCGCGUGCAGCACGUCAUCAACGCCACCUUCGAGCUCUUCUGCGAGCUAGAGGCCACCGACGACCAGUGCGACUUCACCACCGUCUACGCCAGCGGGAUUCAGGGCAAGGCCGGUAUGGAGCCGGACGCGCUCGCGGACGAUCUCGAGCCGCUGUUCGAGGCGAUUAUCAAGUGCGUUCCGGGCCCGAAAGUGCAGCCGAAAGCGGCGCUGCAGAUGCUGGUGACGAACCUGGAUUACGACGAGCAUAAGGGGAGGAUUGCGAUUGGGCGGGUUCACGCGGGGAAGCUCGCGCGCGGGCAGGUGGCGAAGAUUUGCACGCCGGACGGCGCCUGCCGCACCGCGAAGGUCGUGGAGCUGUUCGUGUACGAUAAUUUCGCCCGCGUCCCCGUUGAUGACGUGGAGGCGGGAGACAUCUGCGCGUUGUCCGGCCUGCCAGAUGUCCAGAUUGGGGAAACCAUCGCGGAUCGCGACGGCGACGCGCUGCCGACGAUCUCGGUGGAGGAACCGACGGUCAAGAUGAGCUUCUCCGUGAACGUGUCGCCGUUCGCGGGGCGCGAGGGGAAAUUCGUGACGUCGCGGAACCUGCGCGACCGGCUGAUGCGGGAGCUGGAGAGGAAUCUGGCGAUGAAGGUGGAGGACGGGGAGAGCGCGGAUACGUUCUUGGUCAGCGGACGCGGUACCCUGCACAUCACCAUCCUCAUUGAAAACAUGCGGAGGGAGGGGUAUGAGUUCAUGGUGGGCCCACCACGGGUCAUUAACAAAGUGGAAAACGGCAAGACGCUAGAGCCCUAUGAGGAAGCGGUGGUGGAGGUGCCAGAGGAGUAUGUGGGGGCUGUGGUGGACAUGCUGGGCACACGCAAGGGGCAAAUGCUCGACCUGCAGGCUUCCAGUUCCGGCACCACAAUUGUGAAGUACCGUGUGCCGACCCGUGGCCUGCUGGGGCUGCGCAAUGCCAUGCUGACAGCCACGCGUGGCACGGCCGUCAUCAACACCAUCUUCGAAAGCUAUGGGGAGUGGGCAGGCGACAUGAGCACUCGCGAGCAGGGCUCCCUGGUAUCCUUCGACACGGGCCCGACCACGUCGUAUGCGCUGUUCAGCUGUCAGGAGAGGGGGCAGCUGCUGCUGGGGCCGGGAGUGGAGGUGUACAAGGGGCAGAUCAUCGGCCUCCACCAGAGGCCUGGCGACCUGGAUUUGAACGCGUGCAAGAGGAAAGCUGCCACCAACGUGCGAUCCAACAAGGAUGCCACAGUGGUGUUGGCGGCGCCCUUGGAGUUCAGCUUGGAUGACUGUGUGGAGUACAUUCAAGAGGAUGAGCUCGUGGAGUCCACCCCUGUAUUCGUGCUUUUCAAGGAAAUUCCUGGAGAGAUGAGGAUUCCGCGUGCCGCUAUCGUACUGUCUGCUGUUUUUCUGAUUCUUCAGAGCGUGGAGGCCAGGCUGCAACCGCCAUGGACGCUUGGCUUGGAGCAUGCGACAUCAGAGCGACUCGGAGGAGGCGAAAUCGCGUCCUACUCGUUCGACGUCCUCAAGGAAGCAGCUGACGUGGCGGUGGAGAGGCUUGUGAUUCGCCAGUGCGGAUUGCUGCUACCUCGGGUGUCUAUUGGUUCUCCGUCCCUGCUGUUCAUUCAGCAAGGGUCGGGUGUGGUGGAGCUGAUUGAUGACAACGGCCAGGCACCUGCUGACGUGACACCAACAACUGUGAACAGCGGGGACGCCGUGGUGGUUCCCAAGGGAUGGACGUACAGCAUCGGGAACUACCUCAACGCGUUGCCAGAGCUCAUCAUCACAGCCGUCCGAUUCAGCCAUCACAAGCAGAAAUCGUACCUUGCAGGCAGCAACCCCCACUCCUUGCUGUCUGGCUUCAGUCUGCACAUCCUGGAGACGGCCUUCAACCAGCAGCACGAUGUCGUCAGGGCGCUGCUGCACCAGGCAACUGGGGGAGGGAUCAUCGUGUCCCGCUGCGUGCCGCCUUCGCCUCCCAAGCUUGCUGCAGAUGAGGAUGAUUCUGGGGAGGAUGGGACAGAGGGUGAUGUUCCUGGGGAUAUGGAGGAAUUAGGAACCAGUACGGGUGCUGCUGGGAGGAGGAUGGGUUUGGCUGAGGGAGUGGAGCUUGGGUUAGAGGGCAAGAAGGGAAAGGAGGAGAAAAAGGAGAAGAAGGGCAAGAAGGAGAAGAAGGAGAAGAAAAAGGAGAAGAAAGAUAAGAAGGGGAAGAAGGAGAAGAAGAAGAAGAAAAAGAUUGUUCUGGUGGAUCACGUGGCGGCGCGGCAGCCUGCAUUCGCCACGGAGGGUGGCAGCAUGGUGCGAGUGUCGUACCGGGACUUCAAGGCGCUGAGGUUCGCAGGCAUUGAGGGAGAGAUUGUUCUGCUCACGCUCUACCCGCAUGCGGUGGUGGCGCCACACAUCCACGGCAAUGCAGCAGUGGUCUUCACGGUGCUCAACGGUUCGGGCCACUUUGAGUCGGUGCACCCCAACGGCACCACGGCUGCCAGUGAUGCCGUGCAGGCAGGCCACGUGGGGGUGGUUCCCAUGGGGUAUGCCCAUGCCCUGCAGGCGGGAGAGCAGGGCGUGCAGAUUCUCGGCAUUCGAAUCGGUUCUUAUCAUCCAUCCAUCAAAUUUCUUGCAGGAAGCAAGAGUGUUUACAAGGCAAUGAGGCCGGCACUCGCGGCGGAUUAUUACGCCACGCUGGGAGUUGCCAAGAACGCGUCGAAGCAAGACAUCAAGAGCGCGUACCGACGGCUCGCUCGGCAGUUCCACCCGGACGUCAACAAGGACCCCGGAGCGGAGGACAAGUUCAAGGAGAUCAGUACCGCGUACGAGGUUCUUUCGGACGAUGAGAAGCGACCACUAUACGACCGCUUCGGGGAGGCGGGCGUGUCUGGGUCUGGUGGUAUGGGAGGAGCGGGAGCUUACACAUCGAACCCGUUCGACCUGUUCGAGUCGAUAUUUGGUCCCGGUAUGGGCGCGGCCGCGAGGGGAGGCAUGGGCGGAAUGGGCGGUAUGGGCGGCAUGGGCGGCGCUGGCCCGCGAACGCGACAACCUGUUCCGGGCGACGAUGUCAAAAUGGAGAUGCCGCUGGAGUUCCGCGAGGUGAUUUUCGGCGCUGAAAAGACCAUCAACGUGGCGCACCUGGACGGCUGCAGCGAGUGUGGGGGGUCGGGCGCCAAGGCGGGCACGUCCCCCCGCACGUGCCCCACGUGCCGCGGCAUGGGGCAGGUCAUGCAGACGCGGCAGACAGCCUUCGGGAUGUUCUCCUCGGUGUCCACGUGCUCGACGUGUAUGGGAGUGGGGGAGGUGAUAUCUGAGUUCUGUCGCAAGUGUGGGGGCGAGGGGCGGGUGCGGACGCGCAAGCCAGUGGUGAUCAACGUGCCUGCAGGGGUGGACUCGGGGACAGUCCUGCGCGUCAAAGGGGAGGGCGAUGCUGGCAUGCGCGGCGGCAAGAGGGGUGACCUAUACGUGUUUGUGAAGGUGAAGGAGACACCGGGCAUUCGCAGGGACGGCAUCAACCUCUACUCCAACGUCAGCAUCGAUUACACUGACGCUAUUCUGGGCACUGUUGCCAAGGUGGCCACGGUGGACGGGGCAGCGGAGCUGAGAGUGCCAGCAGGCACACAGCCAGGAGAUACCCUUGUGUUGGAGCGCAAGGGCGUGCCCAAGGUGGGCAAGAGCAACAUACGUGGUGACCACUUCUUCCAAGUCAACGUCUCCAUCCCCAAACGAGUCAGCCCCACGGAGAGGGAUCUGGUGGAGGAGCUGGCGUCGAUUCACAAGACGGGCAAAACUCGUACCGGCAUCACUGUGGAGGGCGCUAGGCCACGGGGUUCUUCAUCCAGCUCAGGCGUGGACGGCGAGGGAAUUGUUGACACAGUCAAGAAUGUUUUUUCGGGCAUCAAAAAUUUCUUCAACAAGUGA